AUGCCUACCUCAAACACGCCAUUGGCACAGGAAAAAACUGUGUAUUUAAUCCGACAUGGACAAGCACUUCACAAUGUAGGUCCCGAUGAAGACCAUUCAAUCCGUGAUCCUGUUUUGACUGACUUGGGAGUCGAACAAUCGAAAGAAUUAUCCAAGCUGUUGGCUGAUAAAAAGGUCCAAAUUGAUGCCAUCGUUUGUUCUCCAAUGCGCCGUACACUACAAACCAUGGACCUCGGCUUGAAGCAGUAUCUUGCAAAACAAGGCGUCGAUAAAAUUCCUGUUUAUAUCAACCCUUUGUUUGAAGAAGUAGGCAGUUUGCCUUGUGAUAUUGGCUUGGAAAUCCCAGACCUCUCCCGUGCGUACCCUCAGUAUGAUCUCAAGGCCUGUUAUGACGGUAUUUAUCCAAAGAAAGAAGAUAUUUAUGCUGAAGACAUCGACAUCAGCGUCGUCAGACAUAAGUUUGCUUUGGAGUACUUGUCUGCCCUUCCCCAUAAAAGUAUUGCUGUUGUGACCCAUAGCGCUUUUAUUCGCUUCUUGUUGAAAAAAAUGGCUCCAGGUGUUGACAUUAACUUUUUACCUCCUGAAAUGACUUUUGAUAAUUGUGAAUUUCGUGAAUAUAUUUUGAAACCUGAUGGCAAGGAAUUCAAACUUCACGACGUCGAAUAA